CCCGGCUAUAAUGAAAAAGUUACACUGGUGCUAAGUUGUUUUACCCCGCAGCUCGGCCCCUACCAACAUCGCUACUCUGGAAUUUAUUCUAGUCAUUCCUGUUUUACGUUUGAUGUCUUAACCUAAGGAUGACAAAGUUUUAACUACAUAGAGGCUCUGGAGAAUUUGUCCCAGCUUUAAUAAAGGAAUUGCUUUUUUCUUAGACAUCUCUGGCAUACGGAACGUCUCCACUUUGGUCAUGAUCUAUUUCGUCUUAUUUUUUCUCUGUGUAUGGCGAAGUUCGCUAGGCAAGGACCAUCAUACCAAAGGCAGACUGAGUUCACCAGUGCUGGAUGUGGAGGGAAAGGAGCUGGUGAUGGAGGCAAACCAUACGCUGCAACUUCACUGCAGGGGACGAUGGGAGCUCUCAUGGGCAUUUCCUGUGGGCCUGGCAAAGGAGCAAUCUAGCAUGGUGGUGGUGCAGUCACGCUGUGGGAAACAGGAACAUCUGUACUGCAGUCGACUCACGCUGACCUCCGCCCAGCCCCAACACACUGGGUCCUUCCGCUGCAGGUAUCGACAUAAGGACAGGAAGCAGACAUCGCUCUACGUCUACAUCAAAGGCAGUCAGCAGCCAUUUGUGGAGGUGCAGACAGAGAUCCCUGAUGUAGUAUACAUGAAAGAGGGGGAACCCCUUGUGUUCCCCUGCAGGGUCACGGCUCCACACAUACCUGUGUCUCUAGUCAAGUUUCCUGAACAGAAGCUGAUUCCAGACCAGAAGAAUAUAAUUUGGAACAGUAAACAGGGUUUCAUCAUCCCAAACCCUACAUACCACUACAUUGGCCUCUUCUCCUGUGAGAGUAGACUCAAUGGGGUUUUGUAUAGUUUGAAAUAUCUGACCCACAGACCAGUCAAUAAGAUUCUGGAUGUGUACUUGAAUAGCACAGGCCCUGUUCGUCUGCUACGGGGCGAGAGCCUUGCACUAGGCUGUACUGCCACAGCAGAGUGGAACUCCAGAGUGUCCAUAAGCUGGACCUAUCCAGGGCAGGCUAACAGCUCAGCCUCCAUCAGCCGCCGUAUUGUUAAGGGGAGCUCCAGUGUGAUGUUCCACAGCGUUCUGUCUAUUGGACAGUUGAGCCGAUCUGACCGUGGUACCUACACCUGUCAUGUCAGGAGUGGCCCCACCUUACGUGAAACCAACACCUCUGUCAUUGUCUAUGACCGCCCCUUCAUUCGGCUAAAGCACAGACAUGGCCCCGUGGUUGAUGCACUUGCUGGGCAGAAAUUCUACCGGCUAUCCCCUAAACUCCGCGCUUUUCCCAUACCAGAGAUAAUUUGGCUGAAGGAUGGACUGGUGGCUGCAGAGAGCUGCUCUCGUUAUCAUGUGGAAGGCAGUUCACUCCUCAUCCGUGACGUGGCAGAAGAGGAUGCUGGAGUCUACACUGUGCUGGUGGGAAUCCAGCAGUAUGGGCUGUACAGGAACCUCACUCUUUCACUUGUGGUGAAUGUAAAGCCCCAGAUUGGGGAGAAGGCGGUGUCCCUGCAGGAUCCAGGGACAUACCGCCAUGGGAGCAGACAGACCCUGCUCUGCACGUCCCAGGGGUUUCCUCCACCCCAAAUACACUGGCUUUGGCACCCGUGUCCAGAGAAAGGCCCGUGUGAACUGCCGUCCAACACAAAGAGACAUCCCGUUAUCAUGAAAACCAAUGUCACGUCUAGAGAGAACGCCAUCCUGAGCAUCAGUCAGAGGCAGGAAGUCCUAGAGGGGAAGAAGAAGACAGUGGGGGUUCUUAUGGUGGCUCAGGCUGCUGUAUCUGGAGUGUAUCGUUGCAUCGCUUCCAACCAUGUAGGAAAAGACAAGCGAGACAUCUACUUCUAUGUCACAGAUGUGCCCAAUGGCUUCAGCAUUGAUCUGGAAGAAGAGCCAAGGGAGGGCAAUGAUGGUCACUUGGCAUGUACUGCCAAUAAGUUCCUGUACACUGCACUCUCUUGGAAACGGGCGAUGCCCACACACACAGUCAUGCCAGCCAGACCCACCCCAGACAUCAUACCCAUUCUCAUGGCCACUUCCACAGCACCUGCCCAGGACAUUGUUGCUAAGCCCACAAGACCUGCCUUGGUCACGAAGCUGUGGAUGGGGGAAUUUUCGCACACUCUUUACCUGACAUUGCCAAACCUGACCGAGCAAGACUCUGGCACCUACAUCUGCAUUGCCCAGCACUUGCUCUCUGGGGAGGAGUUACACUUGGAGACGCAGUUGAAGGUUAUUGCCCUGGAGGCCCCUGUGCUGCUGCAGAAUCUCAGUGACUGCAAUGUUAAUGUCAGCAGUUCCAUCACCCUGUCCUGCCCCGCCUUUGGAGUGCCACGACCACAGAUCACAUGGUACAAGGACCAACGCAGGCUGCAUCAGGGCUCUGGUAUCAUGUUGGCUCCAGGAGGUGGAACCCUGCACAUUGAGCGAAUUACAGCAGAGGAUGAAGGGAUGUAUACCUGUGAGGCCACUAAUGAGAGAGGAUCUGUGGAGAGCUCUGCCUACAUCUGGGUUGACGAUUCUGCUACUUCAUAUCUGGAGAUACCCACACUUACCUGUACUUGUGUGGUUGCCACUCUCUUCUGGCUGCUGCUUACACUUUUCAUACGGAAACUCAAACAGCCAAGUUCCCCAGGUGUCAAACCAGACUACCUGUCAAUCAUUCUUGCACCAGUGGAGGGGCCCUUGGAUGAGCAGUGUGAGAGCUUGCCUUAUGACCCUGGUCAAUGGGAAUUCCCUCGAGAUCGCCUCAAACUGGAAAAGCCUCUGGGACAUGGUGCCUUUGGGAAGGUCAUGCAGGCAUCAGCCUUUGGUAUCAGUAACUCCAGCAGCUGUAGGACUGUGGCUGUGAAAAUGCUGAAAGAUGGAGCCACGCCCAGUGAGCAUAAGGCUCUGAUGACUGAGUUGAAGAUCCUGAUCCACAUUGGGCACCAUCUCAAUGUGGUCAAUCUGCUUGGAGCUUGUACCAAACCAGGAGGGCCACUGAUGGUGAUAGUAGAGUACUGUCACUAUGGUAAUCUGUCCACCUACCUGAAGACCAAGAGGAAUGUGUUCCUGCACAAGCAGAACCAUGUUGGGGAGAGUGGGGAGAAGAGGCUGGCCAGUGUGUCCAGUAGCCAGAGCAGCAUCAGCUCUGGUUUUAAUGAUGAGCAAGAAAACACAGAGGAAGAGAAAGGCUCCCUCUCAGAAUCUGGCACCUGUCUGCAUCUGGAAGACCUGAUUUCCUACAGCUUCCAGGUGGCCCGGGGGAUGGAGUUCCUGUCUUCCCGCAAGUGUAUUCACCGGGACCUGGCUGCCAGAAACAUCCUUCUUUCUGAGAACAGCGUGGUGAAGAUUUGUGACUUUGGUCUGGCACGUGAAGUCUACAAAGACCCUGACUACAUCAGGAAGGGAGAUGCCAGGUUGCCACUGAAAUGGAUGGCCCCAGAGUCCAUCUUCGACAAGGUUUUCACCACCCAAAGUGAUGUGUGGUCCUUUGGUGUGCUUCUGUGGGAGAUAUUCUCCCUGGGGGCAUCUCCAUAUCCUGGUCUCCAUAUCGAUGAAGAGUUCUGCCACAGACUCAGGGGGGGCACCCGAAUGCGUGCCCCUGAAUACAGCACCCCAGAAAUUUACAGCAUUAUGCUGUCAUGCUGGAAGACAAACCCCAUAGAGCGCCCCACUUUCACAGCACUAGUGGAGACCCUGGGAGACCUACUUCAGCAACGUGUGCAGCAGGAUGGGAAAGACUAUAUCCCCCUUAACUCCUCCCUGGCCAUGGAUGGCACUGCACUGACAGAGGUCAACAGCAUGCAGCUUGACAUGAACUGCAACAGCAUGGGAAGUCUAAGAUUUAGCAGCCAGUCCUCAGCUAGCCUGAUCACAUUUGAGGAGCCACCAUACACAGAUCCUCUACAUGGAGAUUACCAGACAGACAGUGGGAUGGUUCUUCUGUCAGAGGAGUUACAGUCUAUGAAGUGGAGUGACAGGAGUAUGGAACUGCAUUCAAACAGGUUCCUCGGGGGCAGUCGGAGCAGGGAGAAUCUCCCAUCUGCAGUUGUCCGGCCCUGUAUAUACAGCCCCACUAUUGGCCAUGAGGAAGAGCGGCUUUCUGUGUUUACUUGUGAUUGCAAUUCUCAGGUGUGCUGCACUCCACCUCCAGGCUACAGUUCUGCCUUACUCUGCCCUUCUGUAUAACAUCAGCCUACACAGCACACAAGACCCACAUGAUUUGCAUAACACUGAAAACCCACACCACCUACAUACACUACAAGGCCAACAGUAGGGAGACACGUGACAUCCUACAUCUCAUCCAGAAUUAUGGGCAUUAAUACAGAGUUGGUCCACCCUUUGCUGCUAUAACAACCUCCACUCUUCUUUGAAGGUUUAGGCCUAAUACUAGAUUUUGGAGCAUUGCUUGCUUCCAUUCAGCCAGAAGAGCAUUAGUGAGGUCAGGCACGAAUCAUCAGAUCAGUCGGCAUUCCAAUUGAUCCCUAAGGCGUUGAAUUGGGUUGAGGUAGUGCUCUGUACAGGCCAGUCAAGUUCUUCCACAACAUUCUCGACAAAAUCAAAUCUAUAUGGAGCUCACUGUGUGCCUGGGGGCAUUGUCAUGCUGAAACAGGAAAGGGCCUUCCCCAAACUGUUGGGCAAGCACUGAAUAGUAUAGAAUGUGAUUGUAUGCUGUGGCAUUAAGAUUUUCCUUCACUGGAACUAAGGGGCCUAGCUGAAACCAUGAAAAACAGUCCCAGACCAAGGGGUGUCCAAAUACUUUUGGUCAUAUAGUGUACCACCACCUGACAUGCCCCCAUCACCUGUCCAAAACCAUCUGACCCACUCCAGACCACGCACCUCCUCAGCCAUACACACAGACUCCCCACACCUCCUCAACCAUAGACACAUUCUACCCAUACCUCCUCAGAUGCCUCACA